AUGCACGACCUUGAACCCACCUGCACUUCACUGGGACCAUCACUCUAUAGGAUGGGGGGCUCUUCUUCAUCCAAUGCAUCGUUGGUUGUUGAAAUCGAAGUCAGCAAGGCGAAUGGAACUUUCUUCGACCGCACCAAUGUCACAGUCGAUCCAGGCGCUCUUCUUCGAUUUCAUCUGCCAAGGAACGUUGAUCAGGAUCUCCGGACGCUCGAGGCAAAUCACGAGAACGGAUCUGCAAUCCUUGAUUACCUCGUCGACACAGACUCACCGCAAUGGAUGUACCCUACUCAUCUACUCUUAGAGACUCUCUGCGACAUUGGACAGGUGUUCAGAAUCAACCCCGGUAAUGGCAGCGGGGUGGCAGUGAACAGUACGCUGAAUCAUACUACGUCUUUCGAUCCUCCCAUGUCUACGCAACACACACAUGGAGCUUGCGAGGGUACUUCAGUGGCGGCUACGACUUCAGCGGGAAGUCUAGGCUACAGCACAGGCAUUGCGACGAAUGCUUCAGCAUCAAGAACCCUGCAGCAGCCAUUCGCAACAUCUUUUGCGCCGGAAUUGUCCAACAACGGGCGCAAGCUGAUGGCACACUGUCGAUUCAUCGUGUUUGUCACCCUGUUCUUUGGUCACCUCUUGAUAAUGCUUGUUAAUCAGUGAAGAAGAACUCGGAUUAUUGUCUCCAGUGUAUGAAACCCAGGAAAUCACUUUCAUAGUCUCCAAUAAUCAAUACAAAGUUGGAAACCGUUGCAGACGCUCCGUUUGCGGAUGAAAU